AUGGACCAGCUGGUACGGCUGGGCCGAAUCUCAAGAAUUGCUAGGAUUUUAGCACCAUUCACUAACGUUUGUGAUAGGGAUCUGGCAGAGUAUGUACUGAAUUUAUCUGAAAAAGAUCCCAAGGCGCUUGCUUCAGAGCUGGAUGAGCUGGGGGAGGGGGCGAAGGUGGUGAUGGAUUUCCUGUUUCCGCCACAGCUGUUGCCGGCUGCGGUUUCGCCCUCAAACAAAGAAGAGUCUCCAGCCAAUUCUCGCCCGGUCAAGGCAAUACCGUCUGCGAAACUGUCGCCAAAAGACCUGAAGGUCGGCUCGUCAUAUAAAGGCACAGUGUCAGGUAUCACCACGUUCGGUGCAUUUGUGACCUUGCAAAACGUGUAUCCUAAAACAGAUGGCCUCAUACAUAUCUCAGAACUCUCAGAUCAACAGGUUCAAAAUGUUAGAGAUGUUGUAUCAGUUGGCGAUACGGUAGAGGCCAAGCUGAUCAAACUAGAUGGAAAAAGGCUAUCCCUGUCUAUGAAAACCAACUCAAUUCCCCCAACUGAACAUGUGCAAGCUAAAAAAAGAGUUUCGUCUCCAGAACGGUUUGAAAUCCGCCAAUUAAUCGCUGCAGGUGCUCUGUCGGCAUCAGACUACCCUGACCUUGAAGAAAACGACGAGGACGAACACGUAGAAGUACAGGUUCAUGAAAUGGUUCCGUCAUUUUUGACAGGCGAGAAAAUUCCUACAAAGGCGAUCGCUCUAGAGCGCGUUCCCGAAGGUGAAAUGGCUAAAGCAGCCGCUCAAGCGGGCAAAAUGGCCAAAGAACGGCAGGAAAACCGGCCAAAGGAGCAGUCAGAAUGGAGAAAAGUUUUGAACAGACCCUUGGGUAAAAUAGACAAGUCUCCAAUGGCUCAACAAAGGCGCCGCUUACCUGUGUACCAUCAACGAGAAGCCUUGGUCGAGGCGAUUAAAAACAACCCAGUGGUGGUGAUUGUUGGUGAGACGGGUUCCGGUAAAACAACCCAGAUCACCCAGUAUUUAUAUGAAGAAGGAUUUGCAGAAACAGGCAUGAUUGGCUGCACCCAGCCUCGCCGGGUAGCUGCUAAGUCAAUCGCUCAAAGAGUCGCUGAUGAGGUCGGCACUGAACUAGGUAAACUAGUCGGCUACAGUAUUCGUUUUGAAAACAUCACGAGUCCAGAUACAAAGAUCAAGUACAUGACCGACGGUAUGCUGCAACAUGAAGCACUUGCGGAUCAAAACAUCAGCGCUUAUAGUGUUUUGAUGCUUGACGAAGCGCACGAACGGACGCUUUCUACAGACGUUUUGCUACCUCUUGUCAAAGCGGCCUCCAAAAGAAGACCUGAUUUACGGGUCAUUGUUACUUCUGCAACGCUGGACGCUGCCAAGUUCUCAGAGUAUUUUGGAAACGCCCCGGUCCUUGAGAUCCCGGGAAGAACCUUCCCGGUUGAGAUUGUAUGGCCAUCUAAACUUGAGUCUGACUAUCUGGCUGCCUCUUUAAUGCAGAUUAUGCAAAUUCACAUGUCUGAAGAUGAAGGUGACAUUCUAGUGUUUUUGACGGGUCAAGAAGAAAUCGAAACUGCAUGUGAAAGACUUUACGAAAGAGUCAAAGCCCUGGGUCCGGCCAUGGCUCAUACCCUGGAAAUUAUGCCCGUUUAUUCUGCCUUGCCUAGCGAGAUGCAGUCACGUAUUUUCGAGGUGUUACCGGCGGGGGUCCGCAAGUGCAUUCUGGCCACGAAUAUUGCCGAAACAAGUUUAACAAUUGACGGUAUUCGUUAUGUUGUGGAUCCAGGUUUUGUGAAGCUCAGCGUAUGGGACCCUCAGUUGGGCAUGAAUAGUCUCAAAAUUGUGCCUAUUUCUCGUGCUCAAGCGAACCAGCGCGCCGGCCGUGCUGGUCGUACGGCCCCAGGAAAGUGUUACCGAUUGUACACUGAGCAAAUCUUUGAAAACGAAAUGAGCAGCAGCACUGUUCCUGAAAUCCAACGUCAAAAUUUGGCCCAUGCAGCGCUGAUGUUGAAGGCAAUGGGAAUUACAGAUCUUUUGAGCUUCGACUUCUUAGAUCCCCCUUCGCGGCCCGCGUUACUGGGUGCUCUAGUGGAACUGUACCAGCUCGGUGCUAUCGAUAGCGAAGGUCUGCUAACCCGCGUGGGGCGGAAAAUGGCUGAUUUCCCAAUGGACCCAGCAAUGGCCAAAGUACUCAUUAGAUCUGCCGACGCGGGCUGCGCCCAAGAGAUGCUCACAAUCAUUGCUGUGCUUUCCAUGCCGUCCUUAUUUUAUCGACCUUCAGAUUCCAAGCAACGCGAUGCUGCGGAUCGGGCGCGUCGCCGACUCAGUGACGGGACGGGCGACCACAUGACUCUUUUGAAUAUCUACAACACAUGGGCCAAAAGCGGAUAUUCAAAGCAAUGGUGCGCAGACAACUUUAUACACGAGCGAACGCUCAGGCGAGCAAAAGACGUUAGGCACCAGCUGGCUGGUAUUCUCCAGCGUUACCAACAUCGCUUGGACGCAUGUGGUGGAGACGCGCAGCUGAUCUUACAGGUGCUGGCCAGCGGCUAUUUCCGCAAUGCUGCUAAAAUCUCCGGCACGGUCUACCACACACUUAUCGACAACACUGAAGUAGCGAUUCACCCUGCCAGCGCACUAUUUGGCAAACGGACCGAGUACGUUUUGUACCAUACGCUUGUUUUCACGUCACGCGAGUACAUGCACAAUGUCUCAGCGAUCCAACCGUCUUGGCUGCUCAAUGCCGCGCCGGCCUUUUUUGAAAAAAUGGAUACAAACACCAAGCGACGGCGAACUGAAACAAUCAAACCGCUGUUCAAUCGCUACUCGGAGCACGACGAUGACUGGAGGAUUAGUGCACAGAAAAAGUACGUCAAGUACGAAAGCCAAACGUUUUAG